UCAAGAUAAUUUUUCCCCUCGGGGAAACAAUUUCUCAGCAACCAAACACCAAUAGCCAACCUAAUCCUGUAUGUAGAAUGGCAUCUUUGGUGGCGUCCGUCCUCUCAUUCUGUACUCUGGUUUUCAUCGUCAUUGUUUUGGUGCUUUCAGCUGGCUAUUUUAGUUCCUUCAUGAGCCACUCAUCGUUCGAAAUGGUUCGGUUUCGUAGAGCCGCAUCGUUGUUUGAUCUUCAAAGCCGAGGAGCUCAUUUCACUGCAUCUAGCGACGGCGUAACUGUGAAUUGUUCCAGAAACUCAACUCCUGUUAAAAGAAAAUCAUUGUCGAAAGGGAUCAAUAAAAGAGAGAAGCUGAAGCAAGGGCUUGCAAGAUCACGAGCUUCAAUUCGGAGAGCAGCGCUGACUCAGGGCUUUUCUUCAAUAAUCAGAAACGAAGAGAUUCUUCAUCAAGGGGACAUCUACCGUAACCCCGGAGCGUUUUAUCAGAGUUAUGCGGAGAUGGAGAAGAAAUUCAAGGUUUAUGUGUAUGAAGAAGGAGAACCCCCCAUGGCCCACGACGGGCCAUGCAAGGAAAUGUACUCAAUAGAAGGAAGGUUCAUAAACGAGCUGGAGCAUGGUACCACCAAGUUCAGGACAAGUGACCCUGAUCGUGCUCACGUUUACUUUUUGCCUUUCAGUGUGACUCUAAUGGUGGAGUACCUAUACAAACCUCUUUCAUAUGAUACUGCUCCGCUCCAGCGGUAUGUAGCGGAUUAUGUGAAAAUGGUGUCUACUAGACAUCCCUUUUGGAAUAGAACUAGUGGCGCUGAUCACUUCAUGCUUGCCUGUCAUGAUUGGGGUCCUUUGGCGUCUGAAGCCAACCCUCAGCUCUACAACAGAUCCAUCCGAGCCCUCUGCAAUGCCAACUCCUCCGAAGGUUUCAACCCCCAAAAAGAUGUAAGCAUCCCCGAACUCCACCUCUGCGGCGGCUACAUACCAACCAAGCUUCGAAACCCACCACCCUUAACUGAAACGAGACCUCAUCUUGCAUUCUUUGCCGGCGGAGUCCACGGGCCAAUCCGCCCCAUCCUUCUGAAAAACUGGAAAGGCCGUGAUAAUGAUAUGAAGGUUUUUGAAUACCUCCCAAAAAAGCUGGAUUACUAUUCCUUAAUGCUGCAAUCAAAGUUUUGUCUGUGUCCAAGUGGGUAUGAAGUGGCCAGCCCUAGAGUUGUGGAGUCCAUUUAUGCAGAAUGCAUACCGGUGAUUUUGUCAGAAAAUUUUGUGCUGCCUCUAAGUGAUGUUUUACGAUGGGAGUCUUUCUCGGUACAGGUAAAUAUAUCAGACAUUCCACGACUGAAGGAGGUGUUGAGGUCAAUUUCUGAAGAGAAGUACAUGAAGCUUAAGGAGAAUUUAAGAGCUGUUAGGGGACAUUUUAUGUUGAACAUACCUGCUAAGAGAUUUGAUGCGUUUCAUAUGAUCUUACAUUCCAUAUGGCUUAGAAGGCUAAAUAUUGGAUUUAGCUGAUUAAUUAUUAGCUUCCACUUAAUUAGACUUAUUUGAAAAUUAGUCAAAAUAUACGAAAAUAUAUACU